AUGAGAUAUUCAUGCAAGCUUGGCAAUCUGACAUCAGCCUCAUUAAACAAAUUACAUCGUACUACAAAAACUCAAUCAAACAAAAAAUGCAUAUCGUAUUUUCUGACUUUUUUACUGAUAUUAGCAAUAUACGUUUUUAUUGUGAAUAAAGUGUCGAAUUUCUGGGGCACAGAAAUUACUCUUCUCGAGAAUUCCUUAACAUCUAUCGAAAACGCCGUUGAAUCUUCUUCGUCAGUAUUAUCCAGUCGUAUCACUGAAUUCGACGCCCACAGUGUGACUACUGAUCGUAUUCACCUGACAACCACUGAAAACCUUCACCAUGAUGAAAUUAAACUAUAUGAAAAGGAAUUUAAGGCAAUUUUAAAUUUCGAGUCUUUAAAACGUCCAAGUAUUACAGUUAGUGAGAGAAAACAGGAUGAAUCUACUUUUAAAAAUCUCUUCCCUCCAUUAUAUCCUAAUAGUAGAUUCUGUUUAAAAAAGACUAGAUUCUAUUUUGGAGAUAUAAAUAAUAAUAGCUCCAAUUCAGUGAAACGGAUUAUAAAUCUAACAGAUGCAUUAAUACCACAAUUGAAUAUGACGAUAUGGUCAAAAAUAGCACCACGUGUAUGCCAGUCAAUUAAAACAAACCUUUUAAUAAUCAUAUUCUCAUCAAAUGAAAAUAAUGCUAUCCGACAAAAUAUCCGCCAAACAUGGGGUUCAGUUAAAUAUGCUUUCAGUGAAACAACAAAUAAACAAAAUUCGAAUGGAUUAAAAAUCAUUGAACAUUUAUUCAUUGUCAAUGCGAGUAAAUCAAAUUUACCACAAAAUUCAACUGAAUUUAAACAACUCAUACAUGAAGCUGAAGUAGAAAAAGAUAUUCUACCCUUGUUUUUAACCGGGAUACAGCAUAAUUAUGCAAGUUUACAUAUACUAGCUAGUGAAUUUCUAUUACAUUAUUGUAAAAUGUCCGUAGAUUUUAUCCUCUUCAUUAAUGAGAAUAUAUUUCCCAAUUUAAACGCUUUAAUUCAAUAUACAAGUUCAAAAAAAUUACAACUUGACUCAUUAAAUUACAUUAAUCUACGCAUAUAUUGUAUACCAAUUGAAAAGAAACGUAUACGAGUUAAACCAAAUAUAAAAUUCAGCGAUAUGAACAUGCUAUCUGAAUGGGAUGGUAAAAUUUAUCCUAACCAUUGUGAUAUUGAUGAUAGUGGUUUUCUAAUGUUAUAUGAAACAAUGAAAAAAUGGUAUACAUGUUCUCGAGUCUAUGAACCUUUUCAUCCUGUUCAAGUCUACUUAACUGGUCUGUUAAGAUUUGUUGCUAGAAUUGAAUAUGAAAGUUAUUGGACAAAUUAUUGGACAACUGGCUACCUUUUACCAAGUAUGGCUUUUAAUAAAAAUAAUAAACGAUAUCUAUUCUUUAAAGGAUCGGGAAAUCAAAGUAGUAGAGUAUGGAAAAGUGUUUUCCGGGCAAUAUUAGGUCAAUAG